UCAAGGUGAAGUUCAGUGGUCCGUUCCGUGUUUUCUUCCUGCCCGCAGGAGCGUCCAUUAAAGAGCCGAGUUGACUAGAGACCGUAGGUCGACUCGGCGAGUGUGGCGCUGUCUUGAAUGGAUUGACCAAAGAGGGAUUUACGCUUUUUAUAGCUGCUUUUGACGCUAUGACAGAAUUGACGACGCGUAAGAAUACUAUAGACAUUAUUUACAAAGCGUCGUUUGAUUGUACGCCAAGCAAAAGUAUAGGAGUGGCGUAUGCGCAAAGAAAAAUAUUCAAGGAUCCCAGUGUCUUACAGGAGCGGAGUAUUAUUAGCAGUUCAGACAGUGCAACUGUCUCUCCGCUGGUUAAUGGGCAAGUGUGAAUGUGUACAACUGGUGUGUCCUGCUGUCAGUCCUGAGUCUGAUGCCCAUGCAUCCAGGCCAGCUCCAGUCCCUACCUGCUCAACUUAAUUUCAGCUAUGCCUCUCGCCACCCGGAAAUCCAAAAAGUCGCAGGCCACAGCAAUAAAGAAAAAAGAUAAAAAGUUGAUUUCCACCACUGCCAAGAGGCACUUUGUCAAUACUGGAAAAUCCACUGGUGCAACAACGAAAAAGAGACCAGAUGUAUCAAGUAGGGCUUCAGUGAAGGCACAGACUCCCAAAAGCGCUACCAUUAACAAGACAGGCCGCCAUGCCUCACAGGCCUACCCAGACAGAACUAAAGUCCCCCCUGUCAGAACAGUGUCUACACGAUUCAGGCACUCACAGUUUGGUCUGGUCGAGGACCUUCAGGGCAGAAGAAAGUCCUCGAGAGGCUCCAAGUUCUCCCACUGCGACCUACAGGAUGUGAAACCCAAAAAGACAGGCAGGAAUGCCAAGGCUGCGCCUCGCAUGAAUCAGAGGGAGACGGCAAAGGCUCCCAUUGAAUCUUGCGAUGACCCCCACCACCAGACAGAGAAGAUGCUGCCUCGGGAAGGUGAGGGUCAGCUCUGUGGUUCGAGGUCAGAGUUUGGUGUGCUUGAACAAGACCGUACAAUUACUAGCCCUUGUAAAAAGGAUGAGCAGGUCUCUGUCGACAGUGGUGAGGCUACAGAAUCUGAGCAGGUGCCUGUUGACAAUGGGGAUGCCACUGACCCUGAGCUGGUGUCCCUUGACAGUAGAGAGGCCACAGAGUCUAUCCUCAUUAGGACCCCGACUCAAGAGAUAGCAGACACUGAAAGCAUAGGUAAGGACAAAGACGACGCAUUAAAGUCAGUCCCCAAAGAGGACCCUAUGGGUAACGCAGAUACCUCAGGCCCGGUGGAGUUUCCAUCUAUAUCACCCCCUAAUGAAGCUGUGUUAAGUGUUGCUGAGGCUGGUAACCAUGGUGCUGAGCUUCAACAAAAAGGAUGUUCCUCUACUUGCGGUGCUAGCUUUUCCACCCCAAGCCCCCCACCACCAACAACAACAACUCAGACUGUCCCUGUUGCCACUUGUCCUUCGUCUGCGUCCUCAAAGGUGUCACCACCCCAAGAGGAUAAUGGUGCAAAUGGUGCUUCUGUUGUGAAAGUCAGCAUGCCUCAAUGUGUCACUGUGGAUGAAAACACCAAAGAUCAGCCCGCUCUGCUUGGCCGUGUGGACAGGCCACCAUGCGAGGACGAGGACUCUGAAUCCCUAUCACUUCACACAAACACAAACACAGAAGUGUGUAGGACAGACAGAGAAAUCUGUCAGACAGAGAUGGUGCUGCCGCUGGAUUCGGUGCCAAACAUCUUUCCCUGUUUGGAUAGUAACCCAACCACCACCAGCAGCAGCGGUAGCUCUGAGAGUACGCGGUCCUCCUUCUUUGACACAGAAUCAGAGACAGGCCCAGAGUCUGAUGCCUUUCAGAAGGCGGCCGUUUUAGGUGCCGGUUCUCCACUGCUGGCAGAUGAGGAGGCGGAGGAGGCGAAGGGAGGUAGGAGACACUUCCACCCAGGUGCUCCAGGGUCGAGGGAGCGGGGCCCCAAGAGGAGGCGCUGUAAGGCCUGCGAGCCGUGCCUCCGGAUGGUCAACUGUGGCCAGUGUAGCUGCUGCCUCAACCGCAAGACCAGCCACCAGAUCUGCAAGCUCAGGAAGUGCGUGGAACUCAAGAAUAAGAAGAAGAAGAUGCCGGGUUCUUGGGAUUCCACUGCCAAGGUGGGCAACGAGGAUAUUGACAAACUAGAGGAAAAGAAGCAGGUUUCCAAGGAGGAGACAGAGGGAGACUCUGUAAAUGGCACAAAGGUGGAGCAGAUGGAGGACACCUCUGCGGCCGAAGAGAAGGACGGUGACUCAUCUCAGACCCAUGCCACCCCACCGGACACCAGCACCAGCACCCGACCACCAGACACCCGCCCCCAGACGCUCCGUGCGGGUGGAGCAGCAGUCACCGCUACAGCAGCACAGGCAGCAGGGACGGCCCUCCACAAGGAAGCGCUUGAGACCACCACCUCCUCGGAUGCCGAUGCACUUACUAGUCAGAGCCCUUCACUGAGCGUGGUGGCUAAUGGUGCUGGGAGCCAGCACCACACCGCAGUGACGAUGGUGGGGAUUCCUGCUGCUUGCGCCUCUGCUGCUUCCCAAGCUGAAGAGACGACGGUGGCGAGCACAGCUGCACUGCUCCCUCCCCAGCCUCCCAAACUCGAAGAGGCACUUCCAGACGAGAACACUGAAGUCCCGUUGAAGAAGAUCAAGAUGGAGGAGCCGUGGGUGUUGAUGGAUGGCCAGAUGCCGCCGCACCAAGGUGGAGGUGGGGGUGGCGGCGGCAGCAUGGAUGGCUGCGAAGACGCCCUGUCCACCCUGGCAGCCGUAGUGUGUUUUUCCAUUACCGACAGAAAGGCCUUGGAGGACAGACUUUUUGGGCCCCGGCCUUCAGUUUUGUGCUCGGUGAAGGCCGAACCGGAGGACGGCUCGUACGAAAAGCCGCAUCAGAAAUCUGUAUGUGUCAGGCCAUUUAAACCCGCGGCGUCCCAGGAGCAAAAAAGCACAGCAGGUAAAUGUGUUGAUAAAGACGGUGAAGCUGGUUUACCAGCUGUCCAGAGUUUGGUGGAGCAACGAAACCUGAGCAUGGAACAGGCCAUAGCUAUCGAAGCCCUCACUCAACUAGCUGCAUUCCCCCAAAAUAUGCCCAUAAAAAUGGAAAAUGGCCACCUUGAUAUGCGGGGAUCAGAAAGCAAACCAGCUGCAAACGUCUCCUUGAGAGAAAACAUACCUCCGUUGGGAGCCAAAUCGACAUCAGAUGUUGCUUCAAACAAAGUCUCUGUGAUCAGCUCGUCGUCAUUGCACCAGACCUCGGUCAUUCAGAGCCCUCUAAACAGACAGAAUCACGUCACCAGCCACCCCAACGCAAGCAGCACUUCAGAUAUGCUUCCCCUGCAACUCCUGCUGAGGGCCUCCGCAACGUGUGAGAAGCUCCCCCUCAAAGCCGAAAUGAAGCAAGCGGCCAGCCAAGCACUUUGCAAAGUCCAGAAGUCAGAGGGCACUUACAAGCCGUCGGAGGAGAAAACAACUGGCGGCGGAAUCUUCAGGAACAAGGACGAGGAAGAGGUGGCCCUGCAGUUGGCCGACUUGGCGUUCAUCAUUCAGUCCCGCCAAAAACAAACGCACUUAGUCCAUCCCUCCCCGCGUUCAGAGAACAAUCCCCUGAAGGGGGUGCCUGUUCAGGCCAUCAAGUACAACAGUCACGCGCUUGUAGAAAACAUGAAGAAGACCCCUGUAAAAAGGGCAAAAACCACCCCAGCAAAGCCCAGAGUUUCAAAAAAGAAAGCACUUGAGAUGAAUGGAGAAUCUCCGGGCAACCAUAGAACGCCCGCAUCCAAAAGAACACCCAACGGGAAGGGCAAGGGUCAGACAGUGUUUUCCCAAAAGAAUAUGAACCAUAGAAGGAACCCAUUUCUUCCACAGACUCAAAUAGACUUGAAAAAAUGCAUUGCAGAAGCACAAUUGCAGCGAGAGAGAUGUCCGUUCUCCUCCUAUGGCGGUGCGCUCAAAGAAGCACACUUGGGGUCCUCCCAGACUCCUCUGUGCAUGGGCAACGGUAGUAGUGCUAUGAACCAUCUGGUAACUGGACCCAAUGCUCUUAACCAUUCCAAUGGCAAACACCCCAUCAUGCUGCACCCUGUGAACGCACUUCAUCACGUCCAGACCAAUGGCCAUGGAGACAGUGUGACGGACGGCAGGCGCGAAUGUGAAAGACAGUCGAUUUCUCAGGUAUUCAGGCCCUGUGAUGUGCUGAAUUACGGUGCUAAGCCACAGGGUCACCCCAGUGUGCCCGACUCUCCUGGCGCCAUUUCCACCUAUCACCACCACCACCACCAUCCUGAUACACACAGCAAAACGAGCAGCUAUGCCAAUGACCAGCAGCAGCAGCAGCAGCAGCCCCGCAAAGAUCAAGAGGCGUAUUACAAAGUGGAAACAUCUGGCUCCGUCACUGUUUUGUCAACGUCAACUAUAGACACGGAGCCACCAGGGCCAGGCUAUCCCACAGAACGCACUCCUAGUAAGGACACACUCCACAGCUUCCUGGAGUCCCCGCUGAAGUUCUUGGACACGCAGACGAAGAACUUGCUGACGCCGCCCUCCAAAAACAACAUGGAGGUGCCCACCUGUGACUGCAUGGAUCAUAUCGUUGAGAAAGACGAAGGCCCAUUCUACACGCACCUGGGAUCUGGCCCGAGUGUGGCCGCUGUGAGGGAACUGAUGGAGAACAGGUAUGGAGAGAAAGGGAAGGCGGUGCGUGUGGAGGUUGUGGUCUACACGGGCAAAGAAGGCCGAAGUUCUCAGGGAUGUCCAAUUGCCAAAUGGGUGAUCCGCAGGGGCAGCGAGGAGGAGAAGCUGCUGUGCCUGGUGCGUCGGCGCGUGGGCCACCGCUGCCAGGACGCGGUGGUGGUCAUCCUCAUCCUGGCCUGGGAGGGCAUCCAGCGCGGCAUGGCCGACCAGCUCUACCAGCAGCUCACCCAGACGCUCUGCAAGUACGGCUCCCCCACCAGUCGACGCUGCGGCCUCAACGAAGACCGGACGUGUGCGUGCCAGGGCCUGGACCAGGACACUUGCGGAGCCUCCUUUUCUUUCGGCUGCUCCUGGAGCAUGUACUUCAACGGCUGCAAGUUUGCUCGCAGCAGGAUCCCUAGAAAGUUCCGGCUGCUAGGAGACUACCCUAGAGAGGAGGAAAAGCUGGAGGACAACCUUCAGCACCUAGCAACAGACCUGGCACCUCUGUACAAACAGCUUGCACCACAGGCCUUUCAAAACCAGGUGGAGAAUGAGCAGCUGGGUAGAGACUGUAGGCUGGGUAUGAAGCAAGGCCGUCCGUUCUCGGGGGUGACUGCCUGUGUGGACUUCUGUGCUCACGCACACAGGGACACACAUAACAUGAACAAUGGGAGUACUGUGGUAUGCACUUUAACGAAGGAGGACAACCGGGCAGUCAGGAAUGUACCAGAGGACGAGCAGCUGCACGUCCUGCCCCUCUACAAGAUGUCCGAGACGGACGAGUUUGGCCGCGCGGACGGCCAGUGGGCCAAGAUCCAGACGGGGGCCCUGCAGGUGCUCUCCGCCUUCCCCAGGGAGGUGCGGCUGCUGGCGGAGCCCGUCAAGUCCGCCCGCAAGAGGCGCAUGGAGAAAGCCAAGAAAGCAGCCGCCGACAAACAGCAGCAGCAGCAGCAGCAGCAGCAGCAGCACAGCAACGGCAGCCAGGACAAGAAGCAGAGCACUACCCCCAGCAAAGUCAAGAGCCAGCUCUUCAAAGGGACUCCAGACAGAGGUCACAGAGGCAGGCCAGUGGAGUUGCCUCCUCCCUUGGUCAAAACAGAGCCUCAGCCGUACCCUAUCCCCAUGCGGACAGCAACAGGCGUGGGGAGCUAUCCACUGGACUGCAAACCCUCACACCUUUUUAACCAUAACAGCUACGGGAGCCCCACCCCUCCUGGAGCACACAGCCGGACCAUGGAAGCACAUUCUCCCCACGAGUCUGGACGACCGUCUCCCAAGUACGGGUUUGCCGGGCCGCCGGGGAGCUACGGCAGUGACUGCCGGCCACCCAGCGGCUGCCCCCAGCCUUGCGACCAGAGGCUUCUGGAGCCUCGACCGGCUGUCUCGCCGUUAACGGCCAAGGGCUGCCGUGACUACCCUCCUCACCCCCACACGCUGAAGUCAGAGCCAGAUGAGGUGCACUGCUCCUCCUUCCUGCAGGUCCCCACGCCUGUCGAGAGCACGCCUCCGCGCUCGCUCUACCCCCACCCAGCCGAAGGGCUCCAAAGCAGACUCAAUGGGUACCAUCACCACCAGCACGGUACGCCGACAACCCCCGUAGGUGGGACCCCCAUGGGCACCCCCACGGCGAGCCCGCUGCCGCCGUCCUGGACUCCACACACGCCCGAGUCGGUGAAGGUAGAGGAGGAGGUGUGGUCGGACAGUGAGCACAACUUCCUGGACGGGGACAUUGGCGGCGUGGCAGUGGCGCCCUCGCACGGCUCCAUCCUCAUCGAGUGCGCACGUCGCGAGAUGCACGCCACCACGCCCAUCCUGCGCCCCAACCGCAGCCACCCCACGCGCAUCUCGCUAGUCUUCUACCAGCACAAGAACCUGAACGAGCCGGGCCACGGCUGGGCAGCCUGGGAGGCCAAGGUGGCGGAGAAGGCGCGGGAGAAGGAGGAGGAGGCCGAGAGGCUGCUGCUGGCUGGGGGAGACCCCUCAACUUUACUCAGCCCCUCCUCCAGGGGGAAAGGGGGCAAGAGGGCGGCGGCCAGCAAGGUUUCGAGUCAGGAGCCGGUGGAGGAGCCCUGCCCUGAGGAGCCUGAGCUGGCCCAGGUGCCAACGCGCUGGGCACAGACGCUGCCCCAGGACCGGGUGGUCACCGUGUCCCCUUACGCCCUGACUCAGGUCACGGGGCCGUACAACCGCUGGAAUUGACAUUGUCCUCUCCUCCACACCCAUUUUUACUCUUUUGUGCUACUGCCUUACCUCAAACAACUUACCUAUUUCGUUUGUGUUUUUAAAUGCAUUUGGUAUUGUAGAAUUAUGUUUCAUCUCAGCUUCUUUUUUUAAUGAUGACGUUGGAAAAAAGGUUCUUUUUUACUGUGAGUUUCUUUUUUUUGGUGUGCCCUUGAUGGUUUUAUAUUGUAAAGAAAUGGUGCUUUCAGACUUGGUUUUUAUACACAGAGAUGAAAUUAGAGCAUAAAAUGUGAUUAUUUAUUCUGAUCAUUGUCAAAAGCUAUUUUGUAAUUUAAUUUCUGGUGCAAGCCUGUUUACUGCAAUUGUACUAUGUAAAGAAACAGCAUUUUAUUUGCAAGUAGGAAACACUCAGAAUGAACAUUGUUUUUAAAACAGUGGGUGCUUUUUUCCUGAAGUAAAUAUAAUGAGUUAUUUUUGGUGCCAUUGUAGCAGUGACUGGUAAAAUCAUGAGAAAUAUAAAAAACCUAAAUAUACAGUACAUACAUAUUCAUAGCACAUGUCACCAUAGAUGGUUGUUUUGACAUUCAUGUAGCAUUUCAGUUUCUUUCUUUCUUUUUUUCUCUCUUUUUUUAUUUUACUUCUGUCACUUGCAAUGUAUAUGGUGAUAAAGAUACAUGCCUACACUUUCUACAUGUCUUGGAUGUACCCAGAGGAAAAUAUUUCUCCUUAUGGCAGUCUUGUUCUUAUCUUCAAAGAGAAUAAGAGAGAAGAAGAGCUGCUUUAAUCCCUUUUGAGAUAUUAGAGGAAUUUGGAUUUUACUUCACUAGAGUUUCUUUAAAGGUGCACUUUGUAACAUUCUUAGCGGAUUCUUUACGGAAUUCAUGCUGCCCAUUCACAAAUGGUACCUUUUUCACAAAUACUUACCACCGCCAUCAAAAUUCCAAGUAUUCAUUAUGACUGGGAAAGUUGCACUUGUCAUACAUGAAAAGGUGGGUCUUCUCCUUGUUUUGAAUGCCAAGAAAUAGCCAUUUAGCUGCACAAAUUACUGUAUUUUGGUCAUAGUUGUAAAUAUUAGCUUAUUAUUUACUAAAUAUUCAUGAAAAGAUCAAAUUCGGCAGUAGACACAGUUUCAAUGAGCAGCAUAUUUGCAGUACCUAAUCUGGCCACCAUCCUACACAGUGCAUCUUUAAAAUGAAAUUCAAGGCGCAUGAAAGAAUCCUCAUAUGGCUUUUUUUCUGACAUACUGUAUAUUCUCCUUCACCAACAAAUCAGCUAAUCGUGAGCUCCAAGAUCUUCAGAUGAGGCAACAUUGAGACAAAUAUAAGAGGCAAUGUUUCCCUCUGGGUCCAUGUUCUUUUACCAUUCAAUGUGUCAUUUUGAAAAGCACUUUUACUUUCAAAACAACUUGAAAAAGAUCUAUUUCCAAUAUGCACAUGCUUUCAUCAUGCUCAUCAUCCUGUUGACAGUAUUUUGCAGGUGCUUUUAAUUUUCACAAGGAACACUUAUCAUAGCAAUAAUCUCGUACAGUUAUUUGUUGCAUUAAUUGUCAUAUAUUUUAUGAAACAUUUUAUAAAUUGCACUUAGAUCAUACCUUCAAGGUUUUUACCCAUCGCAAAGUGUUUAAAUAUGACUUGAAAAUAACAUCACACCAACUAUAUAAAAGUAUAUUUACAUGUAAUGUCACUGGUGCUUAACACACUUCCAAUACACUUUUCAUAAUAUACCUGUAACACCACGGAACAUUUGAGUGCUGCACAGUAGAUUAUACAGCAAAUUAUAUAUGUCUUUACUAUAGACUGAUAAAGUUAUUUUAUUUGGAAACUUUGACUUAAGAUUUAGACCUGCUUGUUAUAAAUCAGAAGUAAUCACCGUGAAAAGUGAUGAAUUAGACAUCCAUCUACUGUAUAUUGGUUGUGAACACAGUUGUGAACUCUUCAGGGGGCGGUUGUUGAGAACAGGUUUUGAUUACAGUUUUUUUCAGUCAUUUGGUGCAUUUCUCGAAUGUCACUUGCAAUUUGUAAACGGCCAUGUGCAUUUCUUAAAACUGUUUGAACAGCAAAUUACCUGUGGAUUACCUGCAAAAGCCAGUAUUUUGCUCAAAAUCCCUUGAUCAUUUCUCAAAACCUUUUGUAUCAAUGAAUGUGUCAGUGUUGUCAAUUGACUAGUGCCCUUCGGAGAGUCUUUCUGAUGUCAAAUAUGGUUUAAGCCACUCUUGUUGAAGUGUUGUCAAUGUGCCCUCUGACACCCCUUUUAACUUGUUCUGGAGGCCUAUGGGGGGGGGGGUAAUAUAGAACAGUAUAGCAAAAUAAAUUUGACAAAAUACACUGACAUUGUAUGAAGUAUACUUACUCUAUUAUAAAAAAAAUGUGGAAUGUUCUAAUUUUGUGUGGAGCAUGGAAAUUAGAUGGUGCUUAACACAUGUUGUGACAGCUUGGUAAAUCUGACAAGGCAUUUUGAUCAACAUGAAUAAAGCAAUAAUGUACAGGGGGGAAAAAAACGAGAAUUGUACACAAUAAUUUCCCUGGCUUUACAAAACCGUUUUCAAUUUGCUCAAAGCAAUGACAAAUUGACUUUUUGAUCUGCAGUGAUGAGAUUUUUUUUGGAAGAAUUUCAAUUCUGAUUUGAGAAAUGCACCAAAGCAAGUAAGAAAAACUGAAACAAAAGUAAUAUUUAUUGUCAUUGAGAUUUGUGUUUAAAGUGUUCAAACUGUUUGAAAAAUAAUUGAUGAAAUAAUGAAACACCCAUGCCCUCCCAGUGCAACAGCUGUGUGUGCAUGAGGUAUUCCUGAGAGCCGGUGUAGCCAUUAACCUUGGUAUGUAAACUCUUGGUAUGUUUAACUCUAACCAUGUAGUAAACCUUCUAAAAGGAGAGGCAUGCGGCCUUGCUUUGCUUGGAGAACAUACUGAUAAAGACUCUUCUAUAAGGAGAUUUACGACUCCUCCUUGAAUUAACUUAAUGGCUAAGCCUUAGCCACCUACUUGGAUACCAACCAACUGUCAACCCAUACUUGAACAACGGCAGUGAUGUGUUAAUCAAAUCUGAAGUCAUUCACCCUUAAAAAAAUUAUUUUACUUUAUUUUAUUUUAUCGAAUCUGUUUCCUGAAAAGAACAGGGUGUAAAACAUUGUGUUCACUGUUCAGUCGGCAGCAUAUCACAGAGCAAGAUUCACAAUUAUUGGUGCUUCAAUUACAGAUAUGUCCUGUUGAAGACAAAUCACAAGUCAGUGGUGCUUUUUGGUUUCAUGAUUUACUCUUUGUUUUCAUUUGUAGCAGCAACACUUGUCAUUUUACAAAACCAUGUGCAACUUCAGUGUAAAGCAUACAGGGCAACUGCGGAACUGAAAUGAUCUAUGAUGGGUAACUUGAUGUAUUGUUUUUGUAACGCAAUAGUUAAUGCUCACAGCCUCAGCAGAGGUCAAUUAUUUACCCAUAGUUCCUCUGAAAUGUGAAGAAUGUCAGUCAAAAAUGAGGUCACUGUGCCUAUGUGACAAGGGUCAUCGUACGUCAUAGGUGUGUGAAGAUGUUUUAAGAUCACUAUACUAGUAUUUGCUGUUUCCAACACUUGCACUUUUUUAGUUGUCUCACUCUGGUCAUAAACCUUUUUCUGAUCAACUUUGCAAUGCGUUGGAUAUUUUGACAAAUAGAAACAAAAAGACAAAUAAACUGAAUGUCAAAAUA